AUGGCUGACAAGAAGAUUAAGAUCGGAAUCAACGGUUUCGGAAGAAUCGGUCGUUUGGUGGCUAGAGUGAUCCUUCAGAGGAACGAUGUUGAGCUCGUCGCUGUUAACGAUCCUUUCAUCACCACUGAGUACAUGACAUACAUGUUUAAGUACGACAGUGUUCACGGUCAGUGGAAGCAUAAUGAACUCAAGUUAAAGGAUGAGAAAACACUUCUCUUUGGUGAGAAGCCAGUCACUGUUUUUGGCAUCAGGAACCCUGAGGAUAUCCCAUGGGGUGAGGCUGGAGCUGACUUUGUUGUUGAGUCUACUGGUGUCUUCACUGACAAGGACAAAGCUGCUGCUCACUUGAAGGUUAUCAACGACAGGUUUGGAAUCGUUGAGGGUCUUAUGACCACCGUCCACUCCAUCACUGCUACUCAGAAGACAGUUGAUGGUCCAUCAAUGAAGGACUGGAGAGGUGGAAGAGCCGCUUCCUUCAACAUCAUCCCCAGCAGCACAGGAGCUGCCAAGGCUGUCGGAAAGGUGCUUCCACAGCUCAACGGAAAGUUGACUGGAAUGUCCUUCCGUGUUCCCACCGUUGAUGUCUCAGUUGUUGACCUCACGGUUAGACUUGAGAAAGCAGCAACCUACGACGAUAUCAAGAAGGCUAUCAAGGAGGAAUCUGAGGGAAAGCUAAAGGGAAUCCUUGGUUACACAGAGGAUGAUGUUGUCUCAACUGACUUCGUUGGUGACAGCAGGUCGAGCAUUUUUGACGCAAAGGCUGGAAUCGCAUUGAGUGACAACUUCGUGAAACUUGUGUCUUGGUAUGACAAUGAAUGGGGUUACAGUACCCGUGUGGUCGACUUGAUCAUUCACAUGUCCAAGGCCUAAAGCGUUGUAAGAGAAACAAGAUCUCGAUAAUGUCAAAUGAUGUCUGAAUUUUCGAAUAAGUUUUCUCUGGCCGUAAUGGGAAAUUUGUAGACUGUUUGGUUUUAUUGAAGCAACUUUGUUUGGCUUUUGAUAUAAUGAGUUACUCAAAUGUUUUGUGUUUGCACUAUGAAGAGUUCUCUCUUCUCAUAUCCAGUGAAUUAAACUAUAACGUCAUCGGUAA